UUUUUACUAAAGUGAUUUAACCGGGUAUCAUUAACAAAAAACGUGCAAAUAUUUUUAUGAAUAUAGUUUUGUUUUAUUUGAAAAAGUGCAUAAUCUCACGAAGUGUUGUGUGUCUGCAUGGUGAAUUAUUUUGACAUUGAACUCUUGAGUUAUUACUGAACUCCAGAACUUUUGUUUUUGUGUGCUGUUUUUGUGUCUUGUUUUGUGACUGAACAAAGUUUUUGCAUUAAAAAUAAAAGGAUUAUACAUUCGCCUUCUUUGAGAAUUGACAAAGAACUCAUCACGUGUUAAUGAAUAACAAGAUGUAACGAAACAAAAACAAAGUUCACAUUGUAUUCAUCAAAGUGAUAAUUAAAUAGUGUCAUUCAUCAUAUUCCUGUAAAUAAGCUAUUCUGAGAAUUUAAAGAUGUCUCCCCCAUCUCGAAAACGUCUUUCCUCCACCGGCGACAGCAGCGCACCUCCAUCCGACGGUAGCGAUGCGAGCAGCGACCGCGGCAGCAACUCAGAUGGCCCGCACGCCCAUCGUGACGGUCACUCGCCGGUCUGCCCGGAGGAACCUUUCUGGACAGCGGUUGCCGACGAAGCUGCCGUCUUACAGCGGCAAUGCGUGGACGCUUUGCAGCAGCAGGACUGCGGGGAAUUGCAGGAAUACGAAAUGCAACAGAUCGAGUCCUUCUUUAGCGGACUUGGGACUGAGGUAUACGUAUCAUCGUCUCUUGCCAAUCUUUACUCAACGACUCAAACCGCAUCAGGUGGCUGCGGCGAAUGGUCGCUGCGUUUUACUGGUGUCCCUGUUCUACUGCAUGACGCUGGAAUAUGCAGAUCCAGGUCGGAACCUCGAGUUCAGCUGAUCCUGGCAGAGCGAGGAACAUGCUUUACCUUGUGGCGAGAUACUGUCGAUCAUCUUUCUGAUUAUAGAGAUGCUGGCCAGGCAUUCCAUACAAUGUGUUUGGGCUCAGACCAUCGCGUCCUCGUUGGCUUAUCGUUCGAUAGUGCUGCUGCCGCCAAAGAGACAUGGGCUCGCGUUGAACGUCUUGUCUCUGAUCCAGAGAACAUUCGUCUUAACGCAGGAGGACGCAAGAAGAACAAGAAAAACAAGAAGAAUUCCAAUACCUGCGGCAGUAGGAAGCAAUUGCAGCAGCUAGAGUUGCCUAGAAGGCCUGCUUCCAAAAGCCAAAUAUCUAUACCUUGUCAAUUUCAACAUGUGACCAGCGUUACAGCUGCGGAUAGAGACAGGUAUUUCACUUUGCAGGCUAUGGUGGGUCCGCCGGACGGACAAACAACUCGCUGAAGUUAUAGAAUUACUUAUUUUAAAUAAUAUUUAGGGUAUAUAAUCAAUAUGUUUAAUAUGUGUGUAAUCUAAUUUGGAAACUGGGAGUUGCCUUAUGCAAGCAGGUUUAUUGGUUUCUACGAUUCUAGAGGAAAUUGCAGGUGGUUCACAUGCUACAAAUGUUGUCAAGUAUAUUGAAGUUUCAAUUUUCGGAUAAAAUAAUUAUAUUA